ACUUAUUCUAUUCUACAGAAACAGAAACAGAACCUCGGCAAAACAUUUUUAUCACUCUAUCAGCUACUCUAUCUCGCCGCCUUCUUCCACACCAGUACCCAAGUUUUCAUCCAUCCUGCAUUCCUCAUCUUUUGCUCUCAACUCUCCACUACUCCAUCUCACGCAAUCAAACUUCAGCCCCGGAUCAAUAGAACACCUGUAUUUCCUGGAGAGUCCCGCAGAUCCAUACCAUCCGGGUACGGUUGUUGACCUCUUCGAAAAAGGAAAAAUGUACCCAACAUUCACGGGCUCGUCACGCAAACACCGGAUUGUUAACCUUUCCGGCCGGAAGCCUGCCGCUGCUCCAUCUCGGACCUCGCAAUUCUCCCGGGCUCCAGCUACCCAAGCAUCAGUUCUUCAUGCCCAGCAGGAGCGAGCUCAACGUGAAGCCACGCGUCAACGCUUAAGAGCCGCCACUACGGUGCAACGUGUUUGGAGGGGUCGGAGAGAAGCCGAGGCCCAGAGGGCGAUAUGGAGAACAGAGUGGGAUAAUGUUUUCGCAGGAGGUGCUGGCGGGGAUUUCGCGCAAGCGAGUGAUUCGAAAAAGCGGAUUGAGUACGGGGUUACACUAUUUCUUGCAUUUUACGAAAGAGGGCAUAGGCCCGGGAGGUGGCGGAAGAGAGAUUCAGGAGACUUUCUGAGAAUGAAAGUUCUAGUUCUCUUCAUGGCUCAAUACUUAUCUCAAGCUUCCAACAGGCCAUGCUUAGGGGCUAGGGCACGAGGGGUAGAUGGUCACGGAACCCUAAUGAUGGAGAAAUUUGGGAAGCUGCUGAUAGAAGUGCUUCAGGAGGAGGUGCUGACCGCUGAUUCCCUAAGUGUGCUUCCUUCUUUAGCGGUAGAACUUCCCGGAAUUGUUGAUGCAUCAUACUACAAGGCCCUUUCUCGAAUCACCGCUUCUUCCAAGUCCUCGCCUGAAGAAAUCCUAGACGCUGUAUUGACUCCUUUACAACAUGUCGGAAAGGAAAAUGGACAGAGGAAUGCAGAGAUACAUCGGGACUUUGCGGCCAACUACCUCGUGACCCCCGACUUGCCGGAGCACCUUCAGCAUAGCGGCUUUGAGCGAUUAAAGAAGACCGUAGGAUUUGGGAAGCUCAUUAAGGCCAUGUCUGAAUCCCCGGGGCAAUGGGUUGUUGCUACGGGUGAAGAGAAAUUAUGGAUGCUAUCCUACAUAAUUCACUUUACUCCCAGCAUGUCCGGCAGCGAAGUGAUUGACCUCACUGGAGAUAAACCAUUAGUCAGCAGGGGUUUUGAGGAGAAGAGCUAUACUCAUGUCAUGUCCCUCCUCCUUUCUUCGGUUGCUAGGGAGGCGAGCAAGAGAAUCCAAGUGGUAGAUAUAUCUAUGGGAGUUGAAGGUGAUGAGGAAGACGAAGACGACUCGAGUGGGGAGAGACCCCAUCAAAACAAAAACCAACCAUUACCGCCGUUUGUCAAAUCUAGGCUUGAAAGCUUGAUCCAGCAGCCUUCCAUUACAUCCAUUUUCUCACUCGCAGGUCCCCCCAGCAGUGACGACCGCGAUACAAAAAUGCUCGCCGGAUUUGCACUGACCCUACUAUUGGUAUUCCCGAACGUGAAACAAGAAGUGUGUAUGUGGCUCUGUCUUGCUGAAACUAAGGAUGGGGUAUCUGUGUUGAGAUAUCUAUGGGCAGCCGUCAGGCGAUCAGAGUUGUUCCUGGGAGUCGCCAAGGAUAUUCAGUUAGCCGUGAGCAGUCUGAGAAAACGGAACUUAUCCACCGAUGGCCCCUCUAUAAGAGAUUCCGACAACGGUGAAUGGAAUUUGAUUCUUUUGUUCAUUGAACUCUAUGGAUUCCUGCUGCUUGUUAUGGACGAUGACGAGUUUUUUGCGCGCAGCAGGGCAGAGAAAAAGGCCCGUCAGUUACCGCUAGAGGAUGUAGAAAAUCUAAGCGUAUUUCUCAAGAACCUGGCCUUUGCGAUGUAUUACUGGGGAGGGGAGAUAAUGGGAGAGGACAAGCAGAGGUCCGAUGGAGGAGCUGUCUUUUUCAAAGACCAACCAAAUCAGGUGUGGGAGGUUGAGUAUUUGAAAACUGCUGUGACAGGACUCUUGAAGGCCAUCUAUGCUAGAGAUUCGAGACGAAAAUUCCUCCCAUCCAACCACUGGCUUAUGACCGCCGCUGGCUUCAACAUCGAGGGCUUUAUUCCUGCCGUCGUGCAGGAAGAGGAAAAUAGACAUAAGAUGGAGAGUGAGGGGGAAGAUGACGAAGAACCGGAACGUCAAUAUGAUCAAGCAGCAGUUGCGGCGCUAAGUCCGCACGAGCAACGAAAUCUGCAAUUGGAAUCGAGGGACAGGACACAGCGCAAAAGGCAGCGAGCUCUCUACUUAGCAGCCAUCACCCCGCGCCUUGAGAUACUUCAAAAUCUUCCCUUCUUUAUUCCCUUUGCUACUAGGGUGCAAGUAUUCCGGGAAUUUGUCUCAGGUGACCAACGUCGGCGCCGCGGGGGAUUUGUUGACCCGGAUCAAUGGAGGGCUGCCAUGCUCUCGCAGAACUCUCGGCCACCCUCCCUAAUACACGAUGCACUUGGCGGUGCACUUGGCGAUGCCCGGGAUAGCCUUAAUAAACAUCAUGCGACGAUUAGGAGGAAUAGGGUGUUUGAGGACGCUUACGAACAGUUCUGGCCCUUAGGAGAGGGCCUCAAGGAGCCUAUUCAAAUCACUUUUAUAGAUCGUUUUGGUGUUGAGGAAGCUGGCAUUGACGGUGGUGGUGUCACAAAGGAGUUUUUGACUGGCGUAUGUAGUGACGCUUUUACACCAAGCAAGAAUCUAUUUCUGGAGAAUGAGCAGCAUUUGUUGUACCCCAACCCGACGAGCAUCGAGGAACUCAAGGAGGAGCUUAUUAAGACAAGAGGCCCCUAUCAAGAGGUGAUCGGGGAUGAAGUUAAGCCACUAUCGAAAAGGUACGAAUUUCUUGGAAGAGUGCUCGGGAAGUGUCUUUACGAAGGAAUUCUUGUGGAUGUUGCUUUCGCCCCCUUCUUCCUCCUCAAAUGGAGCCAACAAGCCUCAGAUUCUAGAGCUAGCAUGGCCAUUGGUGUCAAUGACCUCCGAGAUCUUGACGAGGGCCUCUACCGAGGACUUGUGAAGCUUAAGAAUUACACAGGCGAUGUCGAAUCCGACUUCGGGCUUAAUUUCACCAUUAGUUCUCGGAUUCCAAGACACGACAAGACUAUCACAGUGGAACUUAAACCUGGUGGGGAGACAAUUCCAGUUACAAACGCAAACAAGCUUGAAUACGUCCACCUCGUUUCCCGAUACCGACUAUCCGUACAGGCACAUAUCCAAACCUCGGCCUUUCUGAAAGGCUUGAGCUCGAUUAUAAACCCAAGCUGGUUAUCCAUGUUCAAUCAAUCAGAGCUACAAACUCUAGUAGGUGGGGAUAUCAAUACGCCGAUUGAUGUGGAAGAUUUGAGAAGAAAUACUAUCUAUGGAGGUGUUUACCAACUCGGCGAGGAUGGUAUUGAGCACGAGAGCAUACGGCUGUUCUGGGAGGUCAUGCGUUCCCUUGGCGAUGAAGAACGUAGGAAGGUCUUGAAGUUUGUUACUAGUGUUGCUCGGGCGCCGCUAUUAGGUUUCGGAGUUUUGAGGCCAAGAUUUAGUAUCAGAGAUGCGGGUGAAGACCAGGGAAGACUUUGUAGUGCUAGUACUUGCGUGAACCUUCUCAAGCUCCCCCGUUACAGGGAUCCCAGAAUCCUUCGAGAAAAACUCCUUUACUCCGUCAAUUCAAACGCAGGCUUUGACCUGUCUUGAGCUAUCUUAACCAAUCAUACAAUACUUUUUCGCUUACUUUGCUGUCGCCCUUGAAUUAUAUCUUAUCGCCUACUUUUUACUUUUUUGAUAAUGGGGAGUACCUGGUAGCAUGCGUCAUUUCUCUUCCUUUCUUGUACUUGCUUUACCUGGGAGGCUAGUUUGGGUGUAGAUACUUUUAUUCUAUGGAGGAUACUUUCUUUUUCGUCUGGGUGGUUGGUGGAGGGGGGUGGGGAAUUUGAAUCGAACAAACCCGGCCUAACUUAUGUGCGUUGUCGGCAAUUU